AUGGUACAAAUCUUUUUGAUUUGGCUUGCCUUGAGUAUCGUUGAAGAGUCCAGUGGGCAGAUUGCGAUCACUCAGACCCCAACCUCUUUACAGAGAAAUCUUGGGGACAGAGUCACCAUUCAGUGCAAAGCUGCCUCUUCCGUCACUAGCUCCAUGCACUUCUAUCAGUUGACACCAGGACAAAACCCCAAGCUGCUGAUUGCUUAUGCUACCAGGCGUUUUGAAUGGACCCCAGAUCGCUUCAGUGGCAGCGGGAGUGGCACUGAUUUCACUUUCACUAUCAAUGGUGUCCGUCUUGAAGAUGAAGGGGAGUACUUCUGUAGCCAAAGCUAUGGCUCGUCUACACAAUAUCAUCUGUGGAAUAAGGAAAAUAGUUGGAUGAAUAACAUCAACAUGUUUCAGAUAUUUUUGAUCUCGCUUACCAUGGCUAUGUUUGAGGCUUCAAAUGGGCAGAUUGUCAUCACUCAGACACCAGCCUUUAUGCAGGCAAAUUCUGGGGAUAAAUUCACCAUUCGAUGCCAAGCUUCCUCUUCUAUGGGUAGUUAUAUGGCCUUGUAUCAGUUUCUAGCAAACCAAAAACCUAAGCUACUUAUUUAUGAUGUUACUAACCGUUUCGAAGGGACCCCAGAUCGCUUUAGUGGCAGCGGGAGUGGCACUGACUUCACAUUCACAAUCAACGGUGUCCGUCCUGAGGACGAGGCAGUGUACUACUGUGGCCAGCGUCAAAGCUACCCUCUACACAUGCAAUUGUGCAAUCAUGACAAUAUGCUCUUCAUCAAGCUGUCGCUGCCUGGUAAGAUUUUCUGGGAAAAGAGAAAUUAUUGGAUGAACAGUAUUAUCAUCAUGUUACAAAUAUCUUUGAUCUGGCUCACCUUGAGUCUGUUGAAAGAAUCCAGUGGACAAAUUGUCAUCACUCAAACACCAGCCUCUACACAAGUGCAACCUGGAGACAGAGUCGACAUACAGUGCAUAGCUUCCUCUUCCAUGAGCAAUGAUAUGCAGUUAUAUCAGUUUAUCCCAGGUCAAAAACCCAAGCUACUUAUGUAUAAUGGUUCCAGCCGUUUCACAGGAACCCCAGAUCGCUUUAGUGGCAGCUACAGUGGCACCACCUUCACAUUCACUAUCAAUGGUGUCCGUCCUGAGGAUCAAGCAGAGUAUUACUGUGGCCAAGACUACAGCACACCAUACACUUUUGGAGCAGGAACCAAGCUAGAGAUCAAACAGAGAGACGAUGCUGCCCCUGUGGCCUUUAUUUUCCCACCCUCAAAGGAGCAACUUAAAACCAACUCUGCAACAGUGGUCUGUCUCAUUAGUUCCUUCUAUCCAAGUGAACUGAAUGUGAUUUGGAAAGUGGAUGGCAAAGCAGCCACUGGAGAUAUCCAGACCAGUGCAGCAGCAGCGGAUACAGACAAGACCUACAAACUGAGCAGCACCCUGACACUCUCUACAGAAGAGUAUAAUUCCCACGAAUCAUACACUUGCGAAGUGACGCACAAAACAUUGUCCCAGCCUCUUGUGAAGAAUUUCAAACGGUCAGAGUGUCCUUCAUAGGUUUUCUCAUGAGGCAUAAAAUCCUCCACAGUGCAGUCCAAUUUUCAUUUUCACAAUAGAAUCUGUUUAGUUCAUUAAAACAACUCUCAUAGAAUAAAUAGUCUUACUCCCCCAGUAUUAUGCAUGAAAGAAAGAGGUCUUCAAGACCUCACAUUCUGUACUUUCAUUGUAAUACAUGAUUUCUGACAUUGUGUCUUUCUUUUUGCUGCUUUUAUCAAGUUAACCCUGGAAAACUGCACAAAUACAUUAAUAAAGGCAUUUGUUUUAAAAGCA